AUGAGCAGCAUCUAUCAAUCCUGUCAAGCCAGCUUGGAUGGCAAUUCUUCGGCCAUGCUGGAAUGUUUGUCCAACGAAAUCGAAAAGUCUCAAGACGCACGCGACGAGGAUCUCAAGUCCUUCUUGUUUGUCCUGGCAGGAGCCAUGAUCUUCUUUAUGCAAUCAGGCUUUGCCAUGGUUUGCGCCGGUGCUGUACGACUGAAGAAUGUACAGAAUUCCAUGUUGAAAAAUCUCUUGGAUGCCUGUGGUGCGGCGGUGGCCUUUUUCUUGGUUGGAAACGCAUUUGCCUUUGGAGGACAAUUUGAAACGACUGCAACGACCUUUGUUGGCUUGUCUGAAUUUGCCAGUAUAGGACCAUCCGCUCCCUUUUGGUUCUUCGAGUAUACCUUUUCGGCGACAUCGGUUACCAUUGUGGCGGGGACCCUGGCGGAGCGAUGUCAGAUGGUUGCCUAUUUGUGCUAUUCCAUGUUUUUGGCGGGCAUCAUCUAUCCAGUCGUUGCUCACGCAUUGUGGUCCAACAAUGGAUUCAUUUCCAAUUUCAAUGUAGACCCAUUUCUAGGAAGUGGAGCCAUUGAUUUUGCCGGAAGUGGAGUGGUGCACUUGACGGGAGGAAUUACUGCCCUGUUUGCUACCCUCAUCUUGGGACCACGACGAGGACGAUUCUAUGAUGCACAAGGACUGCCGCUAUCAAAACCAAAGCCAUUCCCUGGUCAUUCCAUUGCGCUUCAACUCUUGGGAACCAUGGUACUGUGGUUUGGAUGGUUCGGAUUCAAUCCAGGUUCCGCAUUGCUAUUGGGUGGAAAUGUGGGUGAAAUUGCCGCCAACGCUGCCGUAUCCACCGCGUUGGCAGGAGCUUCUGGCGGCAUUGCCGCUCUCUUUACCAAUUUGUUCAUUCAAGAACGAAAAACGGGAGAACCACAUUUUUCGCUCGUCAUGGCCAUGAAUGGAUCCCUUUCGGGUCUGGUUGCCAUUACGGCCGGAUGUGCCUUGGUGGAACCAUGGGCCGCUCUGGUGAUUGGUAUUGUGUCCGGUUGGGUCUACAUUGCAUCUUCAGAAUGGCUCAUUAAAUUGAGAAUUGAUGAUGCGGUCGAUGCCAUUCCAGUACACAUGUUCAAUGGUAUCUGGGGAAUGAUCUCCGUUGGAAUAUUUGCGUCACCUGACAAGAUGGAUGUGACCUAUGGUGUCUCGAAACACGUUGGAUGCGUCUACAGCUGGGCCAGAGGAUCCAGUGAUGCCGCUCUACUGGCAUGUCAAACAUUGGCUGUUCUGUUCAUUGUCGGUUGGACGAUGGUCACAGUAUUUCCAUUUUUCGUUUGGCUCAAUUACAAGGGAUGGCUGCGUUCGGAUUCCUUGGAAGAAUUGGUUGGUUUGGAUAUUUCCUAUCACGGUGGCGGUCCCGGAGCAGUCGGCGAUGGCGAGGUCCGAAAAGAAUACGUGGAAGCCUACCGCCGUCAAAAGAAUUCUCGAUCCACUGCGGGUGGGGAUACGGAUUCAGAUCAUUGGCAGAAUUCUGGUGGUGGUAAUGAAGAAGACCUCUAA